CCAUGACAGAGGGCGCCACUGUACCAGUCGUGGAUUCCAUAAGAAAUUAUAUUUUUGUUUCUAUGUUACACACGCUGUAUUUCCGUAAGAGUGUCCUCGACUGAUACAGUCUCUACGACUGGGCCCCCACUGGGUUCAACCGACAUGUGUGAAAAUAAUACAUUUCUUGAGAAUCUAUUGUUUGUGCGCACCUACAGAUUGGCCAAACUUGUUGAGAAUACGUUCACGAUGAUUAUAUUUCUCCAAUUGAUGAUCAGCUCAAUUUUAAUUGCCUUGAUCGGAUUCAAUUUUGUACAGUCUCUUCAAAAAUCCGACUUCCUUCAGUUUUCAUUGAUGAUCAGCUACAUGAUCUCCCAAUCCUUGUUUGUUUUCCUCUAUUGCUACAGUGGUCAGAAAUUACGUGAUCAAAGUAUAGCCAUCAGCACUGGCAUUUAUAUGUCCAAUUGGGAUGAUAUGUUGACGUCGCAUGUUGGUAAUGAUUUUAUUAUUGUUAUGAUGAGGUCACAAAGACAGCUGGGCAUUACAGCUGCUAAUUUAUACACGAUGGAUUAUUCAAUGUUUAUGAACUCUAUUUUAGAACCCGGAUGGUAUCCAACAAUGGAAAUAACAUACCCAUUAUUCUCGGGCUCGUACGUUCUCAUAGGAGCAGCCUCGUAUCUUAUCUGGAAGGUUGGAAGUGGAUUUUGUGGUUUAGUUUUGCCACAAUUGUUCAACGCAGUUCAAUUGCUUGCCAGUUAUGCGUGGUUCAUACUUUUUUACAGGCAGCGAUCACUUGUGUUGGGACUCGCAGCAUCCAGCGUGCAAUGGUUAGCUGCUCUGGUGACUCUGAUACUUUUUGGCAAAGUCCAAAAGAAAAGCCUUCUUCUUACGUCACCAUAUCUCAUUUGGCAUGGAGUUGUUCUUGCCUUAAACAUCCAGUUGUACAUCGAGUAUCGUUUAACAUAGCAAUUAUAAGCCGAGGAUUAACCGAUCGAGCUCGCUGCAGAAAAAAAUUAUUAUUUAUCCGCUUUGAAGAUGUUUUGUAAUUGUUUGAUCAAAUACUAUGUCACUAAGUAAAGAACGAAUUGUAUGAAGCUCUUAAUAGAAAGUUUCCUAUAUAAAAGCAAGCGUGUAAAGAGUUCGAGUCCGAGUGUGAGAGAAAAGAAUGGAUGGAAUCAACGCGACAUCCACAGGAUUACAAGAGCAAGCGCAAACAGCAAAAUAAACGUGAACACUAUUCUGCGUUUUCAUUUACAGUCCAUGGCAGAUCCUGAGAUCCCCCCCUCCCCCCGGGGGGGAAAAGCACGAAACGCAAUUUCCUUACGGCUGUGUUUCACCCUACGCAUAUACAUAUAUUUAACAAAUAAUAUAAGAAACAAUUCGAUGCUGUUGAUGGAGAAGAUACUGUAAAUACACUAUAGAAUGAUAAAUACACUUGUCAUAAGUUAUUCACAAUUUAUUCAUAAACGGGCGUAUCAAUAAUAGUUAAUGUAGAAAGAAAAAUAUAUAUAGUUUAUCUUAAUUGUAAAAUUAUGUACGCACGGGGAACUUGUGUUAAUGUUAAUGAUGUUACAAAUUUAUGAAUGUAAGGGUAAAGGAAAGACAAAUAUAAUCAAACGAGGUGUCACAAAUGAAUAAAUAGGUACAUUAAUUAAUGCAAUAAUUAAACAAA